UGAAAACGAUGUUGAAGUCGAGAUUAAGAGUUGCAAUAAAAGAGAAGGUUUUAGUUCAGUCUCUAUCGUCUUGUUGUCGAAGCAAAGUAGUAGCUUAGCAAACGUCGUGCGACCGAGAAAUCGGUUGUCAUCAUAUCGCAAUAGCGCGAAUUAAUUAUCGUAAAAUGCCUUGUGCGCCUCUUCUGCGUUUUAGUGACAGUCCGGCUGAUACUAGAGCCGAAGCUGGUGAAGUUAUGUCUGGUUUCUUGGAAAUCAUCGGAGGUUCGAAUUUCACAUCAACGAAUUCACCGAGCCGUUCAGUGAAUAGUUCUAAUAGAAAAACAAGUACAUCGUCUAACAAUAACAUCACGCAGCGAGUUUUUGUUAGAGUGUAUCGAACGUCGAGUGAGCAUUUUGCUGUUUUGUACCCUGUGCGUGCUAUAAUUACAGCCUGCAGACCGUUGGCUAGCUUGAACCUUAAAUCUUGUACUGUGAAGCCUUUACCGAACUGCGAAUUUAGAGUUUCUCCCAGAUCCUGCGAAGGAAUGUCAGUCACUUUCCGAGGAACUGAGAGCAGCAGCGAUAAACAAAUCUCAGAAUGGUUAAAAGCUUUCAGCGAAGUUCAAGACCAAGAUCCUACUAGUCAAAGGCGAAAAAAGGUUUCUGCACAUAGAUUACCCCUUCCAGUGCUUGAAGAAAGCGAAGAAGAUGUAACAGAAUGAUACGUUUCCUAACAUUCCAUCAAUAAUUUAUUCACAUUUUGUCUGAACUUCCAAGACUUGUAACCGAAGUAUUCUAUCAAAUUUCCGUGCAUUGACUUCGUAACUGACGCUUUGGUUACUUUUCUUAGCUGUGAUAAAUAUUCAAUCAGCAAACGAUAUGUACUGAAUCGGUACAGAAACAACAUUUGUACCUAAAAUGGUUUUCAUUCCGAUUCCGUAUGUUCAAGUUUGGUUGAGUUCAGGUUAGUAGCUGAACAGUUGACAGUGGUGCCAUGUGACUGAAUUCUUUCCAAACUUUAGAUUUUUGUUUAGUAUGUGUUUUUUGAAUUGUGAAAGUAAUUGCAUUUAAUAAUGUUGUGUAUAUAUUGGUAACCAUUUCAAAUUUAUAAAAUAUUUUUUUUUCUAAUCCGAGAUGUGCAAAAAUGAAGUUAGUUCUCAUAGUAUCUUAAGUGAGCAGCUUUUUACUAAUAUUAACAACAUUUUAUGCAAGUACACGAGUAAUUUUUCUGUAAUUUGUGAAAAAUCUCUGCAUGUGUUUAACUAUCAAGUAUUUUAUUUGUAUGAAAUUUUUAAGUUAUAUAAUAAGGGCAUUUGGACAGAUAAUUUUUCAUAUUUUGGACCUUGCAAAGUGAAUUAAAAGCAAAGAGUUGAACAUCACCUUUUGAAGAUAAUUAUUUGGUCAGUAUCAUUAAAUUCUUAUUUCAUUAAACAGAUAACAAAUAUUGGAAAUAUUUUUAUUUGAAGACUUAAUUUUGUAAAUUUACAUUAGUAAUUUGUGAAAAGUAAUAAAUGGCCUAACAAGUGUAAUUUUUAGACCGACAAUUAAUGUUUUUAAAAUUUUUUCAUGUAAAGGUGCACAAAUAGCAUAAAAAGUGGAAAUUUUUUCUGUUAAAAAUAACCUUUAUGCAACUUGUUUCAGUCAACUAGUUCAUGCAAUUCAUUUACAUACAUUUUUAAACUGAUAGAGAAAAAGUUAAAUGAAGGACUGAAAGUUUUGGCAAAUUUGUUUGUUUCAUGUGGUAUUUGCAAAUUCACUAAACAUUCCAUUUUCUUUGUUGUAUAUAUGUUCUUUUUUGCAGGGUUAUUGCUUUCUAUAUGAUCUCCCCAAUUUUAUUAUUUUAUUUUUGAAUUGAAAAUAUUAAAAAACUAAGAUUAUUUGUAUUUUGUCUGUAUUAUUAUCAUUGAUUUUUAUGUGCAAAUUCUUAAUUUUUUUAACUUAUUAUUUGUUUACAAUUUGAAUGGAGGAAUUAAUUAUAUUUAGGAGUUUGUAAGUGUAUUUCAGUAUAUUCAAUUUAGUUCAUGGAAUUAAACUUUUUUUUUUUCUCUUCGCAUUUCAAUGGGAGAAAAUCUAUAUUAAAUUAGUUAUUGAAGUGCAUUUUGUCUUUAAAAUAUUAUAAUUUAAAUAUUUUGCACAAUAUGGCUGGCACAUAAUUAUCCUAGACAAAAUAAUCUUAAUAUAAAUAUAGUUUUUAAAAUUUUUCUAAUGAAGUUUUGGGUCCAAUUUUAUAACAAACCUGGAAUGCCUUUAUAGCAGUUCAUUUUAACGAUGUAUAUAAAUUUUGAUAUUGUAUUUCCUUACUGUUUAGACUAUACAUCCAUAAUUGAAUUUCUUAGUAAUAUAAAUUUCUAAUCUAAAAUGUAUUUUUAAAAAUGUUGUAUUUAUAAAUGGAUCAUUACUGUAUACUGUGUAGUAUGUCUCUGUAAAUAACGUAACAUUCAGUUUUCAUGUCCUUGUUCAUUUAAAAGCUUAUUUAUUUGCAAUUCUUAAUAAAAUAAUGUAUCUUUA